AUGGCGUCUGCAUCUACAUCUACUGCGACAAAAACUGUUAGUGAAUGGUUAAAAUCGAUCAACUUAGGACAAUACUAUGAAAAGUUUGAAAACGAAGGUUACGAUGAUUUGAAAUUCUUGGUUAAACUGGAUGAAAAUGAAGUUAAAGACUUAUUCAUCAAUGUUGGAAUGUCAAAGAGUGGACAUAUUGUCAAGUUCAAGAAGUCUUUACUUGAACUUCAGAGUCAGUCAGCAAAAAGUAGAGGUUUAUUAACAAAGGAAUCGAAUACCACAGAAAAAGUUAUUAAUACCCUGAAAAUGAAAUCUCAGUCAAGUACGUAUUCUUUCAAUAAAUUUUGUAAAGACUGUAAAUUAUAAUAAGGAUGCUUUAUAAUAUAAUAUAAUAUAAUUUAUAUUUAAUUAUUAUAAAUAAAAGCUGCUAUCACAAUGACCUUCCAUUUUAUUUGUUUUUUAUAAUAAAAAGCGGGUUUAAUUAAUAGAAAAAAGGUAGCAGCUAAUAGCCAAUGUGCCUGUAGAUAUGGAUGGAUCCAGCCUGACCUGGCAGGGGGGUGCUAAGCAGGGGCUCAGGUCAUAAAACAGGAUGUAAUUGUUGAUUAAGCGAAAGUGAAUCAUCACUGAGGACCCGCUGCAGGGGCGAUUGUCAGAAAAUUUUUGAAAACUAGAAUUGCCUAGAUGGUCAAAAGGGGGCCCAAUGGGCCAAUAUUGUGUUUUUGCUUGAUACAUGCCUUGCCAAAUCCAACAUUUGGAUUUCAUAUGGAAAUUGGCACUCCUCUUUGGUCAAGGCUAGGGAGUGUGCACCCCCCGACCCCCCCAGUAAGUCCAUACCUGUCUAUAGGGCCAUGACCUUGUCCAUGACCUUGCUAUUAAUAUUAAUUAUUAACAAAACUUGGGACUAAAAACCUCUGAGAUUAUAUUAGUUGUACUGGGGCUGGUUGUUUGAAAGGUGGAUAGCACUAUCCACCGGAUAGCGAUUUUUUCAAGCUUUGUUAAAUCAGUCGUUGAUUGGUAUAACUUGUAUUUAACGUUUACUAUUUUUAAGUUAAAUGUUUUUUCUACUUCUUGUGUUGUCUAUAUCCGUAGUUUCGCAGUUUUUCAAGCAUUUUACAAAGGUUGAAAAAAUCACUAUCCGGUGGAUAGCGCUAUCCAACCAUCGAACAACCAGCCCCUGUACUGUAUUGGCUAGUCUGGUCAACUUGAUCUGAACCAUGUAAACCGUAUUCUCCUUCUAUACUGUAUAUUAAAUAAUGGAUUUUCAUUAAUAUUUACUUUUCAGCUUUGAAACUUGUAAACGGUCGCUUGGUGUUUGCAAAAGAGUGUGGUAUAAGCCAAAAGAAAACUUCUAACCCAUGGGAGUGCUUUCUUAUUCCUAAUGCUCACUCCAAGAGACUGUUGUUCUUUAAUGACAUCACAAAGGAUAUCUACAAUUCUGCCUUUAUAAAGCUUCAGUCACGCUUCAAACAAUAUCUGGAUCAGCAGCGAAUUUCCCGUUGGGAGGUGAGAAUUUGAAGCAUGGGCAAGUUUAAAUCAUAUAUAUAUAUAUAUUGCUCUCACCAAGCGCAUGUGGUACAACUCAGUGACACCAACGCAUCCAGACAUGCGCAAGUGUCUUGUAUGUAUGUCUUGUAUGUCUUGUAUGUCUUGUAUGUCUUGUAUGUAUGUAUGUAUGUAUGUCUCGUAUGUCUCGUAUGUCUCGUAUGUCUCGUAUGUCUCGUAUGUCAUGUAUGUCAUGUAUGUCAUGUAUGUAUGUAUGUUGAGUUGUGUAAUUGUACACUCCGUAAUAUGUCAAGGUGAAAAUGUUCUCGAGUGUGUAUUAUAUAAUUUCCAUACCCAGCGUAAGCAGAAAGAUAAAGUCUGCCGCAGCUGGGUCUCGAACCCGCGACCUUCAAAUUACUAGAUCGACGCUCUACCAACUGAGCUACACGGUCAGACGGAUUUAAGACUGGAAAUUAUGAAAUAUAUACUGAAUGUCAUAAACAUACUCGUUUAUAUUAAAUCAGCAUCGAACAAUACCAGUUCUGCAAUUGUUAUGUUGAGUUGUGUAAUUGUACACUCCGUAAUAUGUUAAGGUGAAAAUUUUCUCGAGUGUGUAUUAUAUAAUUUCCGUACCCAGCGUAAGCAGAAAGAUAAAGUCUGUCGCGGCUGGGUCUCGAACCCGCGACAUUCGAAUUACUAGAUCGACAGGUAUUGUUUGAUGCUGAAUUAAUAUAAACGAGUAUGUUUAUGACAUUCAGUAUAUAUUUCAUAAUUUCCAGUCUUAAAUCCGUCUGACCGUGUAGCUCAGUUGGUAGAGCGUCGAUCUAGUAAUUCGAAGGUCGUGGGUUCGAGACCCAGCUGCAGCAGACUUUAUCUUUCUGCUUAUGCUGGGUAUGGAAAUUAUAUAAUACACACUCGAGAACAUUUUCACCUUAAUAUAUAUAUAUAUAUAAUAUUAAUUAGAAAAUACAAUAUUUUAUAAUAUUGGCUUGGUUCUGCUUUGUUCUCAGGUAACAAGGAUAUUACUCAGCUAGAUACAAUACUGAAGUUCAACACAAAUGACGGUUUUGAUUUAAACGUCAAAAAGUACCAGGAAAUUCCUCCUGGCCCGUGGCGAUAGAUGUGGAGAGAGCCAAAUCUACCAUGUUCAAAUUGUCUUCAUUAGAGGAGAAAUUGGGUGCCAUCAAGCACAGGUUGCAAGAGCGUAAUAAUGAACCUAAGCAGUGGGCAGGCGAUGAAAUUUCCUAUAUUACUCAGCAUCUUGAAAAGCUUAACAAGAAUCUUAUUUGUCUUCACUCUUCCAUCACUAACACCUGGCAGCUUUUAAGUGCCUGUUUCAAUAAGGAUACAGUUUCAGGAGAAGAAAGGAAGAGGAUAACCAGGAGAAGAAAAGAGCAAAGGAGAAAAGCUUGUCAAAGACAAACGAACAUGGGAAAAAAACAAGCUUACAGGCUUAUAUUGAAAAUACAUGGAAAAGAAUUUGCUGAUGCCUUUCUUAUAAAAGGAAACACUCAAAAAGUUAGCACACAAAAACUGGGGAGUAUACAGCUCCUACCCAGAUUCCACAUAAAAGCCAUCGAAUACUUGAUUGCUCAAGGCACAGUUGAUGACAUGGAAGAAGCAAAAAGACUUUUAGAUAUACUUCUGGCAAGAAGAGCAGCAGCCAAAAAGGCCACCACAGUAAAGAGUCAGGAGGAAAGGACCAGCCUGGAGUCUGAAAGUGAACUCUCAGAUGGCUCUGAAGUGGAUGACGAGAUUACAGAGCCUGGAGAUGAUGAGUCUGACAGCUUUGAAAUGGAUGAAGAUAGUGACUAUUAA